AUGAGCGCUGCCCCAGGCACCUCCCGCGCCCCACAGCCGCUGCUCCGCUUCCCCGACGGGGCGGGCGGUCCUGCGGCGGGGACGGAGAACCGAGCUCCGGGGCCCUUCCCCUGCCCUGGGGGACCAAGGAAGAGGCGGCGGACCACGUUCAGCCGGGGGCAGCUGUCAGAACUGGAGAGGGCUUUCGCUGCUGUGCCCUACCCGGACAUCGCCACCCGAGAACGCCUUGCUGAGCUCACGCAGCUGCCUGAGGCCAAGAUCCAGGUUUGGUUCCAGAACCGCCGUGCUCGCAGGAUCCGCAGCGCCAAACCGGAGCCACCACUGUCACCACCACCAGGGGAACAGGAUCCGCCCGUGGUCAACCCCGAAAGCACCAUCCCAGUCCCCACGCUGCCACCAUCGAGAGCCCACAGCCCUGCAUGGGGCCUCCCCACCUCGCUGGGCUCUAUCUCUGACCUUAUCUACAGUGCAGCCAUCACCAAUCUGGGCGAGCCGUAAGCGGGGUGCGCUGGGGCUUAAUGCCCUGAGUUCAUUAGGGUGUGGAAUUACUGCUGGGCCCAGCGGUCCCUACGAUGCCAUCCAAUAUCCUAAAUGCUGGUGCAGCCGUGACAGGGCCAGCUCCCAAUCAGCCCCCCUAAUACCAACUAAUCUUUUGGAAAAAAUACCUUAAUCUGAGGCAGGAUCCGCGGAUGAUUGUGGCGUGGCCGCCCCUAAUCCUCAGGCACGUUUGCAGGUGCCGGCAGAUUUCCCCGUAUCAGAUAUUAAAGCGUGUUCACUGAAGGGCUUAGCUGCCAUCAGAGCAUUAAUCACCGUGUCCAGCUGUGGCACAGUGCCCACCCAGCAGGUGUCUGAAUCCCCGAGGCCCAGCAGAGCCCCCUCCCCUCUGCACGGCCAUGGGGGCACUCAGCGAGUUCCGCUCUCUGCUCCACGGCACCCCAGGCUCCUUUUGGAGCUGCCUUCCUUCCUCAGCCAGAGAAAAUGGGUUUGGUGUGAGCUGUGCUGGGAGUCAGGUGCCAACUCCAACGUGGUCACAGCGAGCGUUGUCAUGCUGGACAGAUCUGUGUGGAAGGCAACCAUCAUCACAUACUGUCAAGCUGACAAUGAGUGAGUACUGCUCUCCCUAAAACGGGCAGGGGACCAGGUGGGAGCAGGAAGGACAGGCUAAGAAAGAGCCCUGGUUUGCACAGGAGACAGCAGGAUGUGAUGCAGAGGGAGAGGGAAGAUUCAUGGCUGGCUGUGAUGUCUUUUAGAGGCCAGGUUAGCGUGUUGCAUGGCAGGAUGGAGGUUGAAAACAUACACUGUUACUUAAUUCUAUAAUAAAAUGACAGAAACUUUACAGAGUAACUGAGACAGCAACAGCUUGUAACCUCCUGUGUGCCGGGGUGGUAACAUCCACUAGAGGACAGUCCAGAGAUAAGAUGCCCCAAACAAAUGGCUCGUGUAGUGGGCAACAGCCUCCAGCAGGAGCCUCAAUUGCAGGGGAUGUGUGUGGCUAUAGUUUCCCAAGGUCUCCUUCAAUCGUGCGCACCAUCACAUACAGUUCAGCCAAGCCAACCACCGAGGCCACAAUCACUGCUGACAGGACACGCUGUGGGUACAAAAAGAAAGAAAAGUGACCGUGUGUGUGUGUGUGUGUGUGUGUGUGUGGUUGAGCUGCUGCCUGGUGCUGGGCAGCAUCUGCUGCUCCUGCCAACAGGUUCUGAGCUGGUUCUGAGGCCGUGGCCACUCACCGCCGCUGUCUCCACAAAGAGAUACUGGCUGCCCAGGUAUGUGCAGGCAAACGCAGCCACCACGGUGACAAAGAAGUUGAAUAUGGUGACGACUACAGCUUUAACAGAGCGAACUGGAGAGAAACGGGAGAGAGGAGGGAUUGGUGAGAGGCAAGCUGUAAUCCUGCUGGCUGAAUCUGCCUGUGACUGCCUCAGCUGGGCUACAGGAAUGCUUGAAAAUUCACGUUUUACACCUCUAGAAAUACUUUUCAGAACUACAGACUGGCCGCUCCUUUACUGGAGGAAUACUUUGAGCAUUUCAGGGAGGUGCUGUUGCUCAGAGAGGGAAGGGGUGGCUGAGGCCAACCACUAGUGAUGUGAUGGCUCCUGUGCCCAACUGCUCUGCUGUUGUACCAACUUCUCUGCUACGUACCAUCAGGUGUCAGCAGGACAAACAGCCACUCACCUUGCCUCCCGAAUUCAGCUAAUGUCCCAUGGUUCAUAUCCUAAAAGAAGGGAUUAAAACAACUUGUGUUCCACUGUAUUUUAACAUUAUUUGCAGAAUAAAAGCAAUAGCAAAACCCUG